CGGGGGCGGGGAGCGAUGACGACGGCGGCGAUGACAGCGCCGUGACGCCCCGGAGGGCCGUUCCCUUCCGGAGCAGGGCGGAGGGCGAUGGCGCGCAUCACGCUGGAAGACCUGGACAGGCUGGGCGACGAGGAGGAGGAGGAGGAGGAGGAGGAAGGGGGGGAGGACGAGGAGGAUGAGGAGGAGCGGGGCCGGCUGUUCGCGCACUGGGAGGCCGUGGCCAGCACGCACCGGGUGAACCUGCCCCGAGACAUGGCGGGCCCCAUCGUCCAGAUGAGCCGGCACAGACAGACGCGGGAGGCCGUGCCCCACGUCGCCCUGUCGCAGCACGGCAAGUGCGAGGAAGCGGCCUACGAGGAGCGGCAGUACCCAGCUGGGAAGUGGGCCUGUGUCACCAAGGGUGAGCCCCUGUAUGAGCAGAGCAUCUCCCUGAGCUUCAUGAAGCUCAUGCGCUACAUCUGCAAGGAGAACUCUGUAGGUUGCUAUCUGGGCAUGACCAUCCCUGUGCUCAAUGAAAUCCACCUGACCAAGGAGGGGACCGAGCUGGAGCGCGAGGUGCUCACUGCCUACUACAUCCCGGGAGAGUUCCAGCAAAACCCUCCCGCCCCCAUGGACCCCGAAAUCCACAUCACUGAGAGGGCACCGCUCCGGGUGAUAACCAGGGUGUUCUACGGGGUGACCACCGAGGAGACCAUUCUGCGGGAGAUCGCUCUCUUCUGGGAGCUCCUGGGUUCCACGGAUGCCGUACUGCAGGAAACCUACAUCGUGGCAGUCUACGAAAACCCCAGCAUCCCUCAGCGCCGCAACGAGAUCUGGUUCAUCCGCCGGGCAGAGUGAGGCCCCGCUGCUGCGCCGCGCUA